AUGUCCAGAUCAAACAGCGUCAGCCCACCCGGAGUCGGUGCGCCCGGGCUGAGGGGAGGGACCGAGCACAGAUCAGCGUGGGGAGAGGCUGACUCUGUGGCCAACGGGUGCCCAUACUCAGCCAGAUCCCCGCGCAAGAAGCUCGCCCGCACCAACAGCCGCUGGAGGCAGGAGGAGGAGGCGGAUGAUGUCGAUCCGGAGCGCCGGCCUCCCGGGCGAGCCUCCACGACCGUCAGCAGCAGGGUCAGCUUCAGGUCCCGCUCGGCUUGGCAGGACCAUGGCGAGGAGAGUCGAGUCAACAGCAACCCUGCGUCUGCGAGGCGCCCAGACGGCGGCGAGGUGAGACCCAAGUCCGUGGAGCUGGGUCUGGAGGAGCGGAGAGCCAAAUCCAGGAGCGACAAGGGGGAACAGGAGGAAGAGGUCAUGCCGGAGGUGAACUUUUCCCUGGUGGCGUGCUGCGUCAGCGUCAUGCACGUUUUUAAAUCCAAGAAGUUCCAGUCGGAGAAGUUGGAGCGCCUCUACCAGCGCUACUUCUUCCGCCUCAACCAGAGCAGCUUGACCAUGCUGAUGGGGGUGCUGGUGCUGGUCUUCACCGUCAUGCUGGCCUUCCACUGCUCAGGAGCUCCGAGGGUCACGUACGUGGUGGUGUUUUCCCUGGCCAUCUUCCUCACGCUGGUGCUCAUGGUGGUGUGCAACAGGAACGCGUUUCACCAGGACCACAUGUGGGUGGUGUGCUAUGUAGUGAUCCUGCUGGUGAUUGUGAUCCAGGUGAUCGGGGUGCUGCUGGUGCAGCCCAGGAGCGCGUCGGAGGGAAUCUGGUGGACCGUGUUCUUCAUCCAUGUCAUCUAUACGCUGUUGCCCGUCAGGAUGCGCGCCGCUGUCAUCACUGGAGUUAUUCUCUCCGCCAUCCACGUGGCCAUUUCUUGGAUGUUAAACGGAGUGGACAGCUUUCUGUGGAAACAGAUAGUGUCCAACGUCCUCAUCUUCUCCUGCUCAAACAUUGUUGGAGUGUGUACCCACUACCCAGCUGAGGGCUCUCAGAGGCAAGCCUUCCAGGAGACCAGGGAGUGCAUCCAGGCACGCCUUCACUCCCAGAGGGAAAACCAGCAGCAGGAGCGUCUCCUGCUCUCAGUACUUCCUCGUCACGUUGCCAUGGAGAUGAAAGCUGACAUAAAUGCCAAGCAAGAGGACAUGAUGUUUCAUAAGAUCUACAUCCAAAAGCACGACAACGUCAGCAUCCUGUUUGCUGACAUUGAGGGCUUCACCAGUCUGGCGUCACAGUGCACUGCGCAGGAGUUAGUGAUGACUCUCAAUGAACUUUUCGCCCGCUUUGACAAGUUGGCAGCGGAGAACCACUGUCUGCGGAUCAAGAUCCUGGGAGACUGCUACUACUGUGUGUCUGGGCUGCCAGAGGCCAGAGCGGAUCAUGCCCACUGCUGCGUGGAGAUGGGUCUGGACAUGAUCGAAGCCAUCUCGCUGGUGCGGGAGGUGACCGGGGUGAACGUGAACAUGCGAGUUGGCAUCCACAGCGGCAGAGUUCACUGUGGGGUGCUGGGACUCAGGAAGUGGCAGUUUGAUGUUUGGUCCAACGAUGUCACACUAGCAAAUCAGAUGGAAGCGGGGGGCUCAGCCGGGCGCAUACACAUCACCAAGGCCACGCUGAAUUAUCUGAAUGGGGACUAUGACGUGGAGCCAGGAGCAGGAGGAGAGAGAAACGCCUACUUGAAGAGGAACAAUAUAGAAACCUACCUCAUUGUGGGCUGCAGUCAGAAAAGGAAAGAAGAAAAAGCGAUGAUCGCCAAAAUGAGCCGACAGAGGACCAACUCCGUCACGCACAACAGCGGCCACUGGACCGACCGUCCCUUCUACAACCAGAUCUCCAAGGAGAUGAAGAGGAUGGGCUUCGAGGACCCCAAAGACAAGCAUUUUAUUUUCAGGAACACGCAGGAAAACCUCAACCCGGAGGACGAGGUGGACGAGUUCCUGGGCAGGGCCAUCGACGCGCGCAGCAUCGACCGCCUACGCUCCGAGCACGUGAAAAAGUUCCUGCUCACCUUCAGAGAACCCGACCUGGAAAAAAAGUACUCCAAACAGGUGGACACCAGGUUCGGCGCGUACGUCGCCUGUGCUACCCUCGUCUUUUUCUUCAUCUGCUUCAUCCAGAUCGUCAUUGUGCCAACCUCCAAUCUGAUGAUCGGCUUCUUCAUCACCUGCUUCAUCAUCCUGACGGGCGUCAUGUUCAUCUCAGCUGUGUACUGCUGUUUUGGGAUCUUCCCAGUUCCUCUGCAGACUCUUUCCAAAAGUAUCGUCCAGUCCAGACUCAACAGCACCUUGGUUGGUGUCUUCACCAUCAUCGUCGUCUUCCUAUCUGCUUUCAUUAAUAUUUUCACCUGCAGCAGCCACGACCUGCGGAGCUGCAUCAGGUCAGAGCUCAACAUCAGCCUGGACCUGGUGAACGCCUGCCAUGCGGUCCUGCUCAACUACAACCUGGACACGCAACUCGGCUCCUGUGCAGACGACGCCCUCAUCUGUAGCUUUCCCGAGUACUUCACGUGCUGCGUGCUGCUGAGCCUGCUGGCCUGCUCCGUCUUCCUGCAGAUCAGCAGCAUCGGGAAACUCUUCCUCAUGCUCUUCAUCGAGCUGCUGUACCUUCUCAUCAUGGAGGUGCCUAAAGUCAGCCUCUUCGACAACCAGGACCUGCUGGUUAUGGCAAAUGCCAUGAAUUACACCAAACCAGAUAACGGCACAAGCUGCGUGGUGGACAACAAGGUUCCUCUGAAGAUCAUGACCCCCGUGGUGAUCACGGUGUUCGUCCUCGCCCUUUACUUUCACGCCCAGCAGGUGGAGUCCACAGCCAGGCUCGACUUCCUCUGGAAGCUGCAGGCCACAGAGGAGAAGGAGGAGAUGGAGGAGCUGCAGGCCUACAACCGCCGUCUACUCCACAACAUCCUGCCCAAAGACGUGGCCGCUCACUUCCUGCAGCGCGAGCGCCGCAACGACGAGCUCUACUACCAGUCUUGCGAGUGUGUCGCCGUCAUGUUCGCCUCCAUCAGCAACUUCUCCGAGUUCUACGUGGAGCUGGAGGCCAACAACGAAGGGGUGGAGUGCCUGCGGCUGCUCAACGAGAUCAUCGCUGACUUUGACGAGAUCAUCAGCGAGGAUCAGUUCCGUCAGCUGGAGAAGAUCAAGACCAUCGGCUCCACCUACAUGGCGGCUUCUGGUCUCAACGACUCCACGUACGACAAGGCCGGACGCUCGCACAUUCGCGCCAUGGCCGACUACGCCAUGAGGAUGAUGGACCAGAUGAAAUACAUCAAUGAACACUCCUUUAACAACUUUAAAAUGAAAAUAGGUCUAAACAUCGGCCCGGUGGUUGCUGGGGUGAUCGGGGCCAGAAAGCCUCAGUAUGACAUUUGGGGCAACACGGUAAACGUAGCGAGUCGCAUGGACAGCACAGGGGUCCCGGAGAGGAUCCAGGUGACGACAGACCUGUACCAGGUACUGAGCUCCUACAACUACACACUGGAAUACCGAGGCUUCGUCACCGUCAAAGGCAAAGGAGAGAUGAUGACCUACUUUCUCACCGCCGGACCCCCGGGCAGUUAACCUUUACUAAGUGACAAUCAGACACAUGGGAGGUCGUGCACCUUCUCCCGCAGUGAGCCGGCCUACGGACCUCUGAAAGCUUACGGCGGACUGAGGUUUUCCUCGCAGCAGCGAACGCUCCUUGAACCAGUCGGCACUUUGAACGAGAGGAUUCGCCCCCGGAGCCUGGCCUUUUUUCUUAAAGGAUUAGCUGAUGAACGGCUGAGGGCACGCCUGUACGAGUCUGCCUCCUUGACCAAAGAUGUCCAAUCGGAGCGUGAGGACAGAUUCGGCCAGCUAGGUCCUGAAGGAAAAUAAAAAUAAAUAAAAAAAACGGGGGAAUCCUGGAAGAAACUUGCUGAGCCAGGUUCUCUGAGGACGAACCUGCAGGACGACCUAAGUUAUGUUACCUCCUCUCCUUCUCUCUGCCUUUCUCCUGCUGAUUAUAAACAUGUACAUGUAAAACCCAGGAAGUUUUAUGUGUGGGAUUUUACGUACCGUUUGUACAACAUUUAUUCCAGUCGCUGUGGUACAGGUGCCAAUCGCUCAAGCGUGGACACGAAGCCAGCACUGCAGCCCUACUCGUCCGUGCAUCCGUCUGUCCGGCAACAGCGCCGGAGUCGCGGAGUCGCGGUAACCCACGUGCUCCACAGAAGUAUUCACACCCUUUUGAGUUUUGUCACAUCUCUUCACCUUAACACAUGUAGGCUAACUUUAUUUUAACCGGGCUCAUGGGAUAAAUUGUGAGGCGGCAGUAAAGAAAGAUCAAUUUAAGGAGGCAUUUGUUGCAAAUAUCUACGAAGGUUUGGUGUGCCCAUGUCAAUAUUUUGUAGAACCGUCACCUUCAAGCCUUUUUGAUGUAUGUCCACCAGCUUUGCGCAGACAAAGGCUAAAAUAUUUUGGCCUUUUCUUUCCGUAAAAUGACUUGAGCUCAGCCAAGUUAGGAGCAUCUAUGAAUGGCAGUAUCCAAGUCUUAAUGCAGAUUCCCAGCUGGUUUCAGGAUGCUCUUUUUCAAGUCCUCAGUAGCCUCCGAUAGGUUUCCAUCCUCUACGUAGCUCCAUCUGGUUAGCUUCCCCUUAACUCUGUGAUUUUUUCCAUCACACAUGGAGUUUUGCAUGCAGAUUAAAAAGUUCGAUUUUGGUCACAUCCGACAAACAGCCACGUUUGCUGUGUCCUUCUACAGCCUUUUCUCCCGCUCCUCGCACAAGGCGACUAUAUC